GAGUUUAUGCUAUACAUAACCUGCUUACCGCGACCGUUGCUUUGGCCCUUUCAUAGACACAUCAUCUCAACAGGCAUUGCUCACACCAAGAACAUGACCUGUUAAAAGAGAGACAUCAAGAGUUCCCCAUCAUAGGUAAUAGGAAAACAGAUCAUGGCAAGCGCGGAGGAAGCGAGCACAAGCAGGAAGCCCCAGGUGUACGCCAACGCGACGGUACAGGACUUCCUUGAGCGUUAUGAAGUUGGUGAAACAGUGGGCGUGGGAGGCUUUGCGGUCGUGAAGAAGGGGCGAGACAAGAAGACAGGGGACCCGGUCGCCAUCAAGGUGGUUGAUAAAUCGCGCUAUGCGGCCGGUGACAACUCCCUUGAGCGUGAAAUCCAAGUCCUGCUCAAGGUGGAUCACCCGAACUGCAUCAAGCUCUAUGACGUGUACAUCACACCACGCAAGGUGUACUUGGUCACCGAGCUUGUAACAGGAGGGGAGCUGCUCGACAGGGUGACCGAGAAGGGCAACUACACCGAAAAGGACGCAUCAGCCCUCAUCCGGCAGAUCCUCUCCGGCGUGGCGUACUUGCACAAGCAGGGCAUCGUUCACCGCGAUCUGAAGCUAGAAAACAUGGUGAUGCUCAACGAGCGAGACGACUCGCCCGUCAAGAUUGCGGAUUUUGGGCUGAGCAAGUUCUUCUCGCCCGAGACGGUGCUGUCCACCAUGUGCGGCAGCCCGCAGUACGUGGCGCCGGAGGUGCUGGGGGUGGGGGACGGCCUCAAGGAGUACUCCCCCGCGGUGGACAUGUGGAGUGUGGGCGUGAUCCUCUUCAUCCUGCUGUCGGGGUAUUCACCCUUCGACGACGACAACGACGCGGUGUUGUUCGAGAAGAUCAAAAAGGGCAACUACGACGCGGACGACCCCAUAUGGGAGAACAUCUCGCCCGAGGCCAAGGACGUGGUUGCCAAGCUGCUUACGGUGGACUCCGGCAAGCGACUCACGGCGGAGCAGGCGCUGGCACACCCCUGGGUGCGGGGGCAGACACCCACCACGGCGGACGAGGCGACGAGCAAGCAGCUGCAGAGCACCAUGGACAAGAUGCGGAAUAUGGCGGUCAAGCGCGACUCGUUGAGGAAGUCGUUCAUCGGGGACCCGAACGGCAAGCCGGCGAACCCACCGGCGCCCGUGCCGGAGGAGAAGGACGCGGGCAAUGACCUGUCGGCUUACUUGUAAUGCGGUAAUGCGGAUGUGGUGGUGAGAGGUGUGGUUGCUUUGUCGCGGAGGGGUUGCUUGGCCUUUCUUGCGGCCAUGUGGGGAGCGUGUACCUUUAUUAACGGUGGGCACAUGACCUGAGACGAAUGUGCAACAGUUUAAGCGGCGUGUGUCAGUGCAAUAUCUAGGGGACCGGAUUCCUAGUUUUCUUUAUCUAGCGUUACAUGGAAGGAGUGUUCGAACAUCUUUUGCAGGGCGGCUGGCUAGCACGGAGAGCGCAGACUUGAGCUAACGAGUGGGCCGCACGAAACGCGUGAACGACGUUGGUUGGGGGCCCUAAGAAGCCGACUGCUUAGGGGGCACCACCGUUUUUGUGGACGCGCCUGUGCAUGUUGGGCAUGCGUUACUACUACGGGACUGGCAUUAGGUACCAGUGUGUGUUAAGAAAACUGGCCAGUGUGUGUUUCGCGCGGUGUGAUGCCGCGGAGGGAAGUGGGGUAUCGCCGCACAACGGUGCUACCCGUAAAGACCAGUAGACACCUGUCGUGUGGGGUGGCCCAAAACGGACGCGUAAUAGGGCCUUAUGCGGA